UGGUGUAUAAAAAGAUUUCAUAUAAAUGUCGACUGCUUUCAGACUCGCGAAUCUUCUGAUAGCUAACAAUUCGCCUGCAUUCUUCAUUCCUUAUUCUGGCGGGUAUUAAUUUGUACACGCGACCGUCUGUUUUGCUUUAUUUUACAACUGAUGAAAACUGACUGAAAGAGCGUGUUCUGGAGUCAGCUACAACUUCCGUGGUGUGAUUUCUCGUAAAUGGAUUGACGCUUUCAUCAAGUCAUUUUGGAAAUAGUUUACAUGAAAGAAAGAAAAAGAGAUCCGUCUAACGGAAAAAUGGAAAACAAUUUGAUUUCUCCUGAAGAAGAUCAGCAGAAUUUAAUGAAUGUUCGAAAAUCUCCAAGAUGCAGUACUUCCGAGAACCUUCUAAAUUUAUCCCUAAAAGAGCAUUACGAUAUUAUUAAGGAACUUGGAAAAGGAACGUAUGGUAAAGUGGUUCUGGCAAAAUGCAAAGAGACGGGGACAAACGUUGCAUUAAAAGUACUAUCGAAGAGCAGCGUGAAGCUCCGAGACUUCCAGCGAGAAUUCAACUUUAGUUAUUUUCUGUCACCUCACAUGAACAUAGUAGAUACAUAUAAUGUUGCGUUUGAAACCAAAACAGCAUACGUAUUUGCCCAGGAAUAUGCUAAUUACGGUGACCUUUUUGACAUGAUUCUGCCACAGACUGGGUUAGCAGAAAGCGACGUGAAAAAGAUUGUUAAACAAUUGGCAUCCGCCUUAGACUUCAUGCACAGUGAGCAUCUUGUACACAGGGACGUAAAGCCAGAAAAUAUUCUUGUUUUCGAACAAGGGUUCAACAGAGUUAAAUUAAUGGACUUCGGUAUGACCAGAAAAGACGGAACUUUGAUUCGUAAAGUAAAUGGAAGCAUACCUUAUACGCCACCGGAAAUCUGUGAAGCUGUUCGAAACGAAAACAUCACAGUGUCGUGCGGGGGAGAUGUUUGGGCGUUUGGUGUUUUACUAUUUUGUAUGAUGACUGGAAACUUCCCAUGGGAGAAUGCAGAGUCAUCAGAUGUAUAUUACACAGAGUUUGUGACCUGGCAAAGACGGAAAACGACGAAAAUCCCUUCUCAGUGGAAGAAGUUUACACCUCGCAUGAUGCGAAUAUUCCGAAAAAUGUUAGAACCAAAAGUGGAAAGGCGUUGCGACAUUAAGGAAAUUGGUAAAUAUUUAAAUGACACAUGGACAAGACCUUCAAAAGAAAGCGAUAACGAGGAAGAAUCUUGUUCGACGGACAGUGACCAUAUGGACCAACUCACAAGUAUUCUUCAGAAUCAUGGGAUAGACACCCACAUAGACAAACGUUUGAGGGAACGAAGAAUUUCCGAAUGGUUGUUGGCUUUAUAACUCACAUUUUUAAUUCUGGAUGGCUAUAAUCAUUCAAUGUCAUACAUUUGUUGUUGAUAAAGAUUGCAACUUUCAUUUGAUACCUUUGUGCUUUCAGAAACACGUAAUGGUGCUAUAAAAUACUUGUUACUAGCUGCCUAAUGUGCAAUAAUCAUUCUUGACAUGUGAUCUCUGGUUGCAGAAUUAUCAAUAAAAUAUUAACAUCUGU